CCCAACGCCCCUGCUGACCUCACCAACCAUGCCCCAAUCAGAAAACGCGACCCACAAAUAUCUAUCGCGCCCAAACAGCACCUUAUAUAUAUCGUCAGCCUUCUUAUCCAACACUUCCAAAAACUCAUUCGUUUAAUUUUGCCCCAGAAAUUAACGUCCAGUUAAACCCUAGUACUGUAAUUGUUUUUAGCAACGUUAUUUCCAAGAUUGUCACCUUAGAUCUGUUCCUGUUUUUUUUUUUUUUAAGAAUCAGAACCAUAAUAUAGAAUACCACUCAUUUUCUAUCUGAGUCAUCAAAAUAAUGAUCUUUUCGAGGCUUGGCCGUUCCUUGUCACGGUCUUCUCGCUCUAAAAAUUUGUUGUAUGGUGGUGGUGUUGGGAGAUCGGUGAUCGGCAACGAAGGGCUUCUGGGGGUGCCAGGUGUGAAUGCGUAUCUGGGUCGUGUGGAUGGGGGAUUAGGGUUUUUGAGGAGGUAUUUAGCGACAAUUGGAGCUCACAAGGAGUUGGUUUCGAAGGCGUGUUUGUCCGAUUUGAACCGUGUUCUUGCAAACCCUAGACUACGUCGGCUUUUCUCGAGUGAAGCCCCCAAGAAAAAGAAUUAUGAAAACUUUUAUCCGAAGGAAAAGAAGGAAAUUCCGAAGGGAAAGGAGCAAAAAUCGGAGUCAAAAGAUGACUCAAAAACAGAUGAUCAUUGGAGUUUUCAAGACAUUUUCACAAAAUUUCAGAAUUCAUUGACCCCUUUAAUUAUAAUUGGGCUAGUUCUUUCUUCCAUGUCAUUUGGUUCUCGUGAAGAGCAACAGAUUAGUUUUCAAGAGUUCAAAAACAAGCUUCUGGAGGCCGGUAAAGUUGACCACAUAGUUGUUACUAAUAAGUCAGUCGCGAAAGUUUUUGUAAGGAGCUCACCACGCAAUCAGACAAGUGAUGAUAUUGUGCAUGGACCUGUUAAUGGUACCCCUGCAAAAGGGAAUGGGGGCCAGUAUAAAUACUUUUUCAACAUUGGUAGUGUUGAAUCUUUUGAAGAGAAGUUGGAGGAAGCCCAGGAAGCAUUAGGGAUAGAUUCCCAUGAUUAUGUUCCUGUAACAUAUGUCUCUGAAAUGGUUUGGUACAAUGAAUUGAUGAGAUUUGCACCAACGCUCUUGCUUUUGGGGUCCCUUUUGUUUAUGGGGCGGAGAAUGCAAGGUGGGCUAGGUGUUGGUGGCAGUGGUGGAAAGGGUGCCCGUGGGAUAUUCAACAUAGGAAAGGCACAUGUUACGAAAGUAGAUAAGAAUGCCAAGAAUAAGAUAUAUUUCAAAGAUGUUGCUGGUUGUGAUGAGGCAAAGCAAGAAAUUAUGGAAUUUGUGCACUUCCUAAAGAACCCUAAGAAAUAUGAGGAUUUGGGAGCAAAGAUUCCAAAAGGUGCUCUUUUGGUAGGCCCUCCAGGCACGGGAAAGACCCUUCUAGCAAAAGCAACUGCAGGGGAGUCUGGUGUCCCUUUUCUUUCUAUAUCUGGUUCAGACUUCAUGGAGAUGUUUGUUGGUGUUGGACCGUCCAGGGUCAGAAACUUGUUUCAAGAAGCAAGGCAGUGUGCUCCCAGUAUAGUUUUUAUUGAUGAGAUUGAUGCAAUUGGUCGAGCAAGAGGGCGUGGGGCCUUUUCAGGUGCCAAUGAUGAGCGUGAAAGUACGCUAAAUCAGUUGCUAGUAGAAAUGGAUGGCUUUGGAACCACCUCUGGAGUUGUUGUGAUUGCUGGCACUAAUAGACCUGAUAUUUUAGACAAAGCACUAUUGAGGCCUGGCCGAUUUGAUCGCCAAAUUACCAUUGAUAAACCUGAUAUUAAAGGUCGUGACCAGAUAUUUCGGAUCUACUUGAAAAAAAUUAAACUUGAUCAGGAGCCAUCAUAUUACUCUCAGAGGCUUGCAGCCCUCACGCCUGGAUUUGCUGGAGCAGACAUUGCGAAUGUCUGCAACGAAGCUGCUCUAAUUGCUGCAAGGAAUGAGGGAACACAGGUCACAAUGGAUCAUUUUGAGGCAGCUAUAGAUAGGAUCAUUGGUGGUUUGGAGAAGAAGAACAAGGUGAUAAGCAAGCUGGAGCGCCGUACUGUUGCCUACCAUGAAUCAGGUCAUGCUGUUGCUGGCUGGUUCUUAGAACAUGCAGAACCCUUGUUGAAAGUGACAAUUGUGCCUCGUGGUACAGCGGCACUUGGAUUUGCCCAAUACGUUCCUAAUGAAAACCUUCUCAUGACUAAGGAGCAGCUUUUCGACAUGACCUGCAUGACCCUCGGUGGCCGGGCUGCUGAGCAGGUGCUGUUGGGGAAAAUAUCAACAGGGGCUCAAAAUGACUUGGAGAAGGUGACAAAGAUGACCUACGCCCAAGUAGCAGUCUAUGGUUUUAGCGACAAGGUGGGUCUCCUCUCUUUUCCUCAAAGGGAAGACUCAUUUGAAAUGAGCAAGCCGUACAGCAGCAAGACUGCAGCAAUUAUUGACAGUGAAGUGCGAGAAUGGGUGGGCAAGGCAUAUGUACACACAAUCCAACUUAUAGAGGAACACAAAGAGCAGGUGGCCAAAAUUGCCGAGCUGUUGCUUGAAAAGGAAGUUCUUCACCAAGAUGACUUGCUUCGAGUUUUGGGUGAACGGCCAUUCAAAUCAACCGAGCUCACGAAUUAUGAUAUAUUUAAGCAAGGUUUUGAAGAGGAAGAUCAGAAGACUGUGGAGAUACCUGUUACUGAGGAGGAGGACGGAUCUUCACCCCUAGAACCUCAAGUAGUCCCAACGUGAUUACUAGGGACGUUGGCUGUAAUUGUACAUGGAAUGAAUUAUGAGUUUUCCAUUUCCCUUAAAAGUUCCCCAAAAUUUGUACAAUCGGUAUUUAUGAUUACAGCGCCAUUUGGAAAAUAUAUUAUAUUUCAGAGAUAUGUUUUUUUUUUA